AUGUUUAGAGGCGCGGUGCGGCUCUGUGCGGGCCGAGGCCGCUUGGGCCGGGGGCUAAGCACACGCAGUGGAGGCUCGACUCCGGACUGGGCUGGAAAGGUGCCUGAAAUUAAGAAGAAGAUCCAGUCAGUUCUUCCUGGAGGAUCCUGGAAUCCACUGUAUGACACCAGCCACCUGCCCCCUGAACAUGCGGAUGUGGUGAUUGUGGGGGGUGGGGUGCUUGGCCUGUCCGUGGCCUAUUGGCUGAAGAAGUUGGAGAAGCAACGAGGUGCCAUUAAGGUGCUGGUGGUGGAACGGGACCACACGUAUUCCCGGGCCUCUACUGGGCUUUCCGUGGGCGGGAUCCGCCAGCAGUUCUCGUUGCCUGAGAACAUCCAGCUCUCCCUCUUUUCAGUUGACUUUCUACGGAACAUCAAUGAUUACCUGGCGGUAGUCGAUGACCCUCCCCUGGACCUCCAGUUCAACCCUUCAGGUUACCUUUUACUGGCUUCAGAAAAGGGUGCUGCGAUCAUGGAGAACAAUGUGAAAGUGCAGAGGCAGGAAGGAGCCAAAGUGUGUCUGAUGUCUCCCGAGCAGCUGCAGAACAAGUUUCCCUGGAUAAACACAGACGGAGUCGCCUUGGCCUCUUACGGGUUGGAGGGUGAAGGUUGGUUUGACCCCUGGUGUCUGCUCCAGGGGCUUCGGCGAAAGGUCGAGUCCAUGGGGGUCCUCUUCUGCCAUGGAGAGGUGACACGUUUUGUCUCUUCAUCUAGCCAUGUGGAGACCAUGAGUGGGGAAGAGGUGACUUUGAAAAGGAUCCAUGAAGUUCAUGUGAAGAUGGACCAUAGCUUGGAGUACCAGCCUGUGGAAUGUGCCAUCGUGAUCAAUGCAGCAGGGGCCUGGUCUGGGCAAAUUGCAGAGCUGGCUGGUAUUGGGAAGGGGCCGCCUGGUACCCUUCAGGGCACCAAGCUCCCUGUGGAACCAAGGAAAAGGUAUGUGUACUUAUGGCACUGCCCCCAGGGACCAGGCCUGGAGACGCCAUUCGUUUCAGACAUCAGUGGAGCCUAUUUCCGCCGGGAAGGAUUAGGCAGCAACUACUUGGGUGGCUGUAGCCCCACUGAGGAGGAGGAACCAGACCCAGGGAACCUCGAUGUGGACCAUGAUUUCUUCCAGGACAAGGUGUGGCCCCCUUUGGCCCAGAGGGUGCCAGCUUUUCAGAGUCUGAAGGUUCGGAGCGCCUGGGCUGGCUAUUACGACUACAACACCUUUGACCAGAAUGGUGUGGUGGGCCCCCAUCCACUGGUUGUCAACAUGUACUUUGCCACGGGCUUCAGUGGCCACGGGCUUCAGCAGGCCCCUGCCGUGGGGCGAGCUGUGGCCGAGAUGAUGCUUGAGGGGCAAUUCCAGACCAUCAACCUGAGCCCCUUCCUCUUCAGCCGCUUUUACUUGGGAGAGAAGGUCCAAGAGCACAAUAUCAUCUGAGCCUGUAAGCUCUUCACUGGCCCCGUUUCCCCAUCUGUCACCCCUGGCACAAAUCCUGGCCAGCACCAUGCCCAGGUCUCCACCUUCCUCCCCUCAUCCAGGUGGUUCUGUCUCCAUGUGGCUGGGCAGGUGUGCAGACUACAGGCUUUGAGGUUCUAUGCCUGAGGCCCAGGCUGACAGAGAAUGAGGGACUGGGACCCUAGGACUGAUCCCUGGCCUGGGCUGAUGCUACCCACCAAGCUGUCCAGCUGGACAGAACUCCUCAGUGGUCCUGAGCACCAUGGCCCAGGAUGGCUCCUUCCUCGUACCAACCCAGAAAGAUUGCUGCUGCCCCUCUUCCCAUAUCCCUGCAGAGUCCAGGCAGGGAGCAUUCUGGUGCAGCCUGGUGCAAAUUUAUUAUCAAUCAAUAAAUGCGACUGACUCCUUC